UCUUCUUUCCCGAUCCUCCGCAUCCUCCAGUAGCUCGGAUUAUAUAGCAGCCACAGCAACAUUUUCUCUUGAUAGAUUGAUCGAUUGAUCAGCUGACUGAUUCAUUCUUUCAGUUCUCUCUGAUCGACAUUUUCUGCCGCCGAGUGCAGUGACACUUCGGUCUUCUUCACCCCAUCUGAAAUUGGUAUUUAGAUUUCUUGAGAGAGCAUGGCUGCCAGGAGAGCCUCGGCUCGUCUUCUCAAGGUCCUGCAACAGUCUGCUGCAGUACCGAGCUCUGCAAUUCCCCGACCUGCGGCUUCAUCCCUUCCUGCACAGAUCGCAAGCUUCAAUGUCGAGUCUAGCGUCUGCAGACCCGGAGCUAUCUCGUUCCGCCGAUUGUAUGCUGCCGAUGGCCAGGCUGCAAGAGAUGUGCAUCAUCACGAGCAUGAGAAAACGAAGAUGACGAGUGAAGGAGGUGGUUCUAAGCAGGACUUUCACGAGGCGAAGGAGAAUGUGAAGGAAGGGGCUGAGAAGGCAGCCAACAAGGGAAAGGAAGUUGCCAGUGAUAUGACGGAGAAAGCCAAGGACUACGCCCAGAGUGCCAAGGAUCAGGUGGGCCAAGGAAUGGAGAAUACGAAGGAGAAGGCGAAGGAUGUGGCCGGAAAGGUGAGCGAGGGCAUGGAGCAGACGAAGGAGAAGGGCAAGGAGAUGUACAAGAGCGCCUCGUCCAAAACAAAGGAGACGAUGGGAGACAUGGCCGACAAGGCGAGCAAAGCUGUAGACCAGACCAAGGAGAAGGUGAAGGACACUGCGAGCGGCAAGGCGGAGGACGCCAAAGACAUGAUGAACGACAAGACCGAGCAGGGCAAGGGUGUGAUGGGAAGCAUGAAAGACCAAGCGUCCAAGGAAUCUGAGACUGCCAAGACCAUGUUCAAGGACCUUCCUCAAAAGACAUCCGAAACCGCAGCCGGCAUCAAGGAAGUUGUAGUCGAAGUCGCCAAGGCCGUGAAACGUGAUGCGGCCAAAGUUGCAGAGAAGGUGGGUCUCAAAUCAGAGGAACCGAAACACUAGGCCCUGAACUUUGUUAAAUCUCCCACAUUAGAUUCUUCAUAGUUUCAGUCUGUACAGAUGCAUCAUAAAUGUCAAAUGGCACAUAGUCGGGGCGACGCCCAAUGAAUAGAGAGGGAAUUUUCUCCGACCUUGUUAGUUAAGUGAUCUCUAGAGCAGGGUUGGGCAAGGAUCUCACGGCUUCUGAGUUUUGACUCUGAUUCACUCACCUUCAGAAAUAGCUUCUGCAUACAAGAAUCUGUACUAUCAAAUCUGAUACGGUUUAGUUCAUUUAUAGAGCUGUCGACACCAAAAUCAAAAUGAUUUUGUUUAUGUGCAUGCUAAAAUUUCUGAUUAAAAUUAAUGGCUCGUGAAA